GAGGGAUCCUCACUCCAGACCACAUCUGACUCGCUCUCCUCAGAGAAGCACAAGCUCUCCUUCUGAAACCAUGGCUCCUACUUGCAUGCCUUCUGCUGACUACUCAAAGCUUUCCAACAAGGAAAAACAUAAACUAAGAAAACCAGUGGUGGAAAAAAUGCGCCGUGAUCGCAUCAACAGCUGCAUCGAGCAGCUUAAGGUGAUGCUGGAGAAAGAAUUCCACCAGCAAGACCCCAACACCAAGCUGGAGAAAGCUGACAUUCUGGAAAUGACUGUCGUCUUCCUGAAGCAGCAGCUGCAAAGCCAGAUCUCAGCGCCUCAGAAAGCUCACUGUGACGGUUACUCUCAGUGCUGGAGGGAGACCGUGAACUUCCUGUCUGCCAACUCCAAACUUGACGUGACGCUUCAGCAUCUCAACCGCGGUCAAGAAGCCCAGAGAGCACAGAAAGAUUUACAGGUGUCUCCGCGUUGCUCCCAGAUCCACCAGGCUCCGGUCAAGCAGGAGAUCAGCGUGAACAGACCUGUGUGGAGGCCGUGGUAGAGACACUGAUCACUGAGACUCUCUCAUGUUAACCAGAUGGUAGUUUCACCAUCGCAAAGUCGGAGUGUAUUUUCCAUUCCAGUAUCUUCAGGUCAUUUUCUCAUGUUGGGUUUUGAUCAGUGUAUGUGUAUUGUAUGUCCUCCCUAUGGGUGGGGCAAGGUUAUCAAUUAACCCAUGUCAUUUAUCUUCAUAUUGAAGAGCUAUAUAUCUGAUUUGUCUUAACUCCAGUGAAGUUUUAUUUAUUAAAUUAUUCUAAUUGACAGUAUUU